AUGGAGAACCGCCGCCACUCCACCUUCUUGCACAGCUACGGCCGGAUCACCAGCCUGGACGACCCCUUCGGCGACAGGCCCGCGCGGCCCAUGUCCUGGGACCCAUUGCUCCGGCCACCACCUAUCGGCGGCGCGCUUCUCGAGGACCCCACGUUCACGCCCCCGCCCUCGCCUCCUCGGCCACGGCCAGCAGGGCCAAAGCAGGGACCACCAACAGGACUGGCGCUUUCCAUCUCGGAUCGGCCGCGUCGUCGCUCGCAGGCGGGGUCCAGGGUCCGGUUCAGCGGGCUGUUCGAGGUCAGCGCGAGCGACAUCGGGGAGGUGGAUGAGGGAUGCUGUGCUGACGAGGACGGCAAGAACACCAGUGACGAUGAGGGAACCCUGGCGGACGACGAGGCGGAUACCGCGCCGCUGGUCCCGAAGACAGCACCGCGCCGCAACUCGUCGCGUGCUAUGAAUCCGUGUCCUCUGUCAGAGAAGGAGAAGGAAACUGCGAAGGCACCGGAGGCGGCAGCACCCGCAUCUGAGGAGGAUAUUCCGCGACAGCCGACGCCGUACAACUUCGAGGACGAGUUCAAGAACUGGGGCACGCCUUACACAACCCCGGUGUCCCGAUUUGCCGCCGCCGCCACCGCCAUCGCUGUUGCUCCUGCUCCAACGCAGAAGGGCCACGACGAGGAUGCGAAGUUCGACUACCACGACGAUCUGGCGAGAAAGCGGUACGGGGUCCGGAGCAUCGACGAGAUAUACGCGCGCACCACCCCAUCGCCGGAAUCAGCUGAAGUGGCCGAGGCCGUUGCAGCAGCGCAGCAGCAUGAGCUCGCGCUGGAUGGAAGAAUCCGGGAAUUUGCCCUGCGCGGCGGAUAUAACAACAACAAUACCCACACCCACACCCUUCAUCCCACCACAAUCGCCGCCGAGGCUAGGAGAAAGCACCCGAGACGCACCGCUUGGCAGAAGCUGAAGAGGUUCCUGGGCGUGAAGAGCUCCUUUCCCAAGAAGCAGCAGAAGUCCACUGCUACCGCCUCUAUUACCACCACCAUCACCGAUGACCAGAGCGGCAUUGAGCUGGACGACAUCAACGUCGAGGGAAAGAGACGCAAUGCGUGCGAGAUCGACAUGCCGAUGCCCAGACUAAGCGGCACAGGCCACUGGAACGGGGAUGCGGCCGAGUCGUCCUACGGCGGGGAGUCGCUUCGAUCGUUUCACGCCGGGCCGGGUGGCCGCGAUGCCGGCGCAACGGCAGCCCCUGGAUCAGUGCGCGUGCCCUCGCACAACAAGGACGGGGGGAGAUUGGAAAGAAAGUGGGCCAACAAUAAGGCAAAGGGCUCUUCUUCUCGAAACCACUACCUGGCAGACAGCACUUGGUUUUUUUAA